AUGCCCGCCAAAACAAGAUAGUCAUUAACAUUAAAGGAGAAAACACAGAGCAAACAUUUGAUGGUGUUAAAACUUAAAACAAAGAUUUGCAAACCAUAAAGUUUGGCAUCCCUCCUCUAAAAUCUAACCCCUAAACAUUUUCCCGCGAUUACAGUUAGCGAUGGCUAUAAAUUGAUAACCCCUUUAAUCUCUCUGCUCUUCACAAAUUAAUCACACCAAAAACCCAAAUUAGAUUAGUUAAGAAUUAAUCUUUAAUCAACCCCACUUCUCCAUCACAAAACAAUUCAUCUUUAUUCUCAAGCAAGCAAAGCAUUUUUUCUCUUCUUAACUCAACAAUCUGUUAAUUUUUUUAAAAAUUAACAGAUUGUUGUCAGAAAAAGCAGCAAUACAAUACAGUUCUCCUGAAAUCCCUUUCAGUUUUCCGCCAUGCCGCCUCAAGAUCCCAUGACUUCGAGAGAGUACGUCGGCCAAAUAUCAUCCUCCUCUUACCCCGACAUAAAACAAGAUGCCGGAGCACAAUUCGUCCUCGAAUCUAAAGGAAAGUGGUGGCACGCCGGGUACCAUCUGACGACGGCGAUAGUGGGGCCGGCAAUACUGACGUUGCCGUACGUGUUCAGGGGAUUAGGGUGGGGUUUAGGCGUCUUCUGUUUAACGGUGAUGGGAUUAGUGACGUUUUACGCUUAUUAUCUGCUGUCACUUGUUCUUGAUUACUGUGAGAAACAAGGUCGCCGUCAUAUUCGCUUCCGUGAACUCGCCGCCGAUGUUCUUGGAUCUGGCUGGAUGUUUUAUUUCGUAGUAUUCAUUCAAACGGCCAUUAACACCGGAAUAAGUAUAGGAGCUAUCCUGUUUGCGGGGCAAUGCCUUCAGAUCAUGUACUCGAGUCUCUCACCACAUGGCUCGUUGCAAUUAUAUCAGUUCGUAGCAAUGGUGACAGUGGUGUUUAUUGUACUCUCUCAGUUCCCAUCCUUUCACUCUCUCCGAUACAUUAACUUGGGUUCUUUGUUUUUGAGUUUGGGAUACACCUUCCUAGUAGUCGGUGCAUGCAUUUAUGCAGCUUCCUCAAAAAAUGCCCCUCCAAAGGACUAUUCAUUGGAAUCUUCAGGGACCGUGAGUGCUUUCAAUGCGUUCAAUUCCAUCUCUAUCAUAGCUGCAAUAUUCGGGAAUGGUAUAUUGCCAGAAAUACAGGCAACUCUGGCUCCACCAGCAACUGGGAAGAUGUUUAAAGGCCUUCUGAUGUGCUACACUGUCAUAUUUAUCACAUUCUAUGCAGUUGCUGUUUCGGGGUAUUAUGUGUUUAGCAACAAAUCUUCUUCUAACAUACUUAAAAACUUCCUGCCUGAUAAUGGUCCUGCUCUGGCUCCAGAAUGGGUUUUAGGACUCGCGGUCAUCUUCAUUCUUCUCCAGCUAUUUGCCAUUGGCCUGGUUUACUCUCAAGUAGCUUUCGAGAUCAUGGAGAAGAAAUCAUCGGAUACAACCCAAGGAAUGUUCUCAAAGAGAAAUUUGGUCCCGAGGAUAAUACUUCGUUCAACAUACAUGGUAGUUUGUGGAUUCGUUGCAGCAAUGUUGCCAUUUUUCGGGGAUAUCAGUAGUGUCAUAGGUGCCAUUGGUUUCAUACCCUUGGACUUCAUUCUUCCUAUGCUUCUCUACAACAUGACCCAUAAACCCUCAAAAACAUCAGCUGUCUAUUUGGUUAAUAUUUCCAUCAUUAUAAUCUUCACCGGUGCUGGACUUUUAGGGGCUGUUUCUUCGUUCAGGAAGUUGAUUCUCGAUGCCAAAGAGUUCAAGCUUUUCAGUAAUGGUGUAUCCGAUUAAUUAGUACUGGAUUUUGAGGUAAUUAAUUAGAGCCAUUUUUUAAGACUAAUUGUUCAUCAGAUAUAUUAACACUUACAAUUGAUUUGUUUCUGAUAUACAGAACUACUCCCUCCAUGUAAAAAGACGGAGGGAGUAGUAUGCACAGUCGAGCAUUUUAGGCUGUAA